AUGGAUUCCUUAGCGCGACUUGUCGUCGCUCUGUCGAGUCAGUCAGGCGACUCGUCUCACAUUGCUGGUGCUUUGAUACUCUGUGACACUGCCCAUGCCAUCGUACUAUCCGAUCCCACGAUCCCCGCGGACCUCAAGGCCUUUCUGAACGGAGCAGUGGCCAAUGACAAUACGCGUGUCGAUUUCAUCACGCUCCCACCAGAUUAUGCGCAACAAGUGUAUAAUGGUAUUGCACCAAAGAGGGCCAAGAACCCUGAGGACGACACUUUGGCCAAACGAUGGAAUAAAGAGCCGCGAGAGCCGAAACUUGUUGAGGUACUUAGCUAUAUGGGCGAUGAUGCAAAGGAAGCCUUCGUGACCAAAUAUUGCCAAGCCAAUAAGCCUUUCUACGCGGUGACGGUAAUCAAAUCGACGGAGAUGAUUGCCGCAGUGUUCAAGGCCACUGACGCCGUGGAUGAUCGUCUGAAGCUGUUCGACAGACUAUCUCAACGACUCAUUGAUCCAGAUAAGCUCGUGUCACUCCGAGAGCAAAUCGUUGGGCAAGGGAAAUUCAAUCAGGUGAUGCUACCUGAUAAUACGAAGAGACCAGUCGUACUUCUUUGGUCUCGAUACAGUGGCAGCGACACAGAGAACGGCCACAAUCCGUCCGGUGACAGCGACCUGACUGGACAGGCACAACUCAUUGAGCUGCUGGGAAACCCCUCAAACCACUAUGAAGUUAUCUCAAUUGGACACAACUCCAAAAAUGGCACGGACAAGGAACGCAAAGAGUCGCGUGCCCCGUGUGACCUGGGAGAGUUUUAUAUCAUAGACGCCGAGCAGAAAACCUUCAUGAGUCGUGCAACGCAGAACGCAUUACUCGCUGCUCUGAUGGAAAGAUACCCUGGUAAUCUCUACCAAUUGGGUCAGAAGACUGGUGGGAUGGAUCAUGCUGCCCUGAUUGGUAUGCCGACUCUGUAUAUUGAGGAAGACGGCGGCAUCUCCGGUGGUCGCAUGCGGCCCUGGAGAGAUUUGGGGCCCAAACUGAUGUAUUGCCAGGCCAUGGUCGAAGAGCCGCCAACUUUCUUGGGCAAAGCCAUUCACAGCCUUCCGAAAACCACUGGUCUCGAACCACCGAUUCUCUUGAACAUGGAGACUGAAUUGAGGAAGGGCAAUCCAAGCUUUAGGGCCCAGUGGCGAAUGUUUGCGGUACUGAUGAAACUGCGAAGCUCCCUGGGUGUUUUUGAAUACUUCUCCGACCUUUUGAACAUCGACAAGUUGAGUGAUGAUGAGAAGAACAGCGAUUUGGAAACAGAGGAAAAAAUUAAGAACGAACAAAAUCCGGAUGACCAGAGAAAGCUCAAAGAGGAAUUUGAGUUGAUGCGAAGCAAGAGACCGUCCAUGAAGCUGUUGAACUCAGUGCGAGCCGCGUCUCCUGACCAACGAAAGGAAUGGUAUGAUGAGAUCCAGAAGAUUAACGCAACGAUGAAUGGCGGGCUUUGCCCGCAUGGUUAUCUACAAAACGAUCUCCACAAGAUUGAGAAGGGAUUAGAGACGUUGAUCAAGGAGUACCAGAAGAAAGAUACAAUCAUUCGAAAGCUUGGUGGAGAAUAUAUUGCCAGGCCUUAG